AUGUCAAAGAAGCAGCAAAGUAUCUUAAGUUUCUUUUCCUCCAACAAGAGAGACAUCCACAAAGAUGCUUCCAAAAAGCCAAGUGAAACAACUGAAGUCAAAGAACAGCAAGAAGACCCGAAGGGUUCUCAGACCGAUUCACAAUCAAAAGACAAUUUAAACAUAAAAAGUGAAAUUACAACAUCCAGUGAUUCCACUACGUCUAAAGCAAAGACUUUACCUUUUAAAGGAUUAGCUGAGACUUUUGAUAAAGUUGAGAAAGAAAGUGGUCGUAUCAAAAAGACUGAGAUCAUGGCGUCGUACUUAAAAACUGUUAUUACAACAAGUCCCGGUGAUCUUGCUGAUGUUUUAAAUUUAACAACUGGACAAGUCGCUCCAACUUGGGAAGGAAAAGAGCUUGGGAUAGGAGAUGCCAUCUUAAAGAGUGUUGUUCAGCGUGUGACUGGUUUCAAGCCGUCGCAAUUGAAUGAGAAAAUUAAAGAGCAUGGGGAUAUCGGUAUAGUCGCACAAAUGACGAAACAAAAUCAGUCGUUAUUAGUUAAACCGCAGCCACUAACUGUCCACGGCGUCGUCACAAAAUUUUUAGAAAUCUUAGAUGCUCCAAACACUGAUAUUAAGAAGCAGAAAAUCACUUCUAUGAUAGUCGCCGCUGUUGGUCCUGAGAUCAAAUUUCUCUUAAGAAUAUUAAAAGGAGUCUUCAGAAUCGGCUUUUCUGAAAGAUCCCUUCCAAAUGCCCUCGCAAUUGCUCUCUGUCAAAUCCACAAGAACAAAUACGACGUCGAGAGGUUAACUGAAAUCAUUAAAGACGCCGCCGCGCGCAAUCCGUCCUUUCAGAUCUUAGCCAAAUAUGUCAUCACUGAGGACCCAUUAGACGCUUUCACUACUUCAUGUGGAGUGACCUUAUUCACUCCAUUCAAACCAAUGUUAGCGAAGCCUAAAAAGUCUGUAGAAGAGGUCACCGGGCGCUUUGGGUUUCCAUUUACGUGUGAGUAUAAGUACGACGGGGAAAGAGGGCAAAUUCAUUAUAAAGAAGGACUGAUUAAGAUCUUCACAAGGAACUUAGAAAACUACACUGAGAAGUACCCCGACGUCAUUGAAGCUGUUAAACAGAGUGUACUGCCUGAAGUCAAAUCUUUCAUUAUCGACUGUGAAAUUGUCGCGUUCAAUAGAGAGACAGACGAGUUCCAGGAGUUCCAAAUCCUCGGGAGACGCGCGAAGAAGGGAGUUAAUAUACGAAGUAUCGCGAUUAAUGUGUGUGUGAACGCAUUUGACGUCCUGUAUUUGGACGGAGUCGAUCUGAUGAGGAAACCCCUCCUUGAACGACGCGAGCAACUCCACAAGGUCUUUAAAGAGGUCCCCCAACGGUUCUUGUUUGCGAGAUAUAAGAACAUCACAUCGGCAGAUGAUAUCCUCCCGUUCUUCGAAGAAGCCGUGAAUCAUAGAACAGAGGGGUUGAUGUGUAAAACCACUGGCGAUGAUUCGUUUUAUAUUCCCGAUAAGCGAAGUGACACGUGGUACAAACUCAAGAAAGACUAUUUGAGUGGGUUACAAGACACAGUCGACUUAAUACCAAUUGGGGCGUGGUUGGGCGAAGGAAAGCGGUCUGGCGUGUAUGGUGCCUUCUUAUUAGCGUGUUACAACGAAGACGACGAUUGCUAUGAAAGUGUGACGAAAGUGGGGACGGGGUUCUCAGAAGAUGUGUUACUUGAGAUAUACACUCGACUGAAGGAAAAGGUCUCGAAGAAUAAACCAAAUACAGUGAUGAGUGGAGACAACUUACCAGAUGUCUGGUUUGAACCCGACGAGGUGUGGGAAAUUAAAGGAGCCGAUUUGUCACUUUCACUUGCGUAUAGAGCAGCGAUUAAAAAAGUCAAUUUGGAGGGAAGAGGAGUCUGCUUGAGGUUCCCACGAUUUAUUAAGAAGAGAGAUGAUAAGAAGUGUUCUGAUGGUACGACUAACACACAAAUAUUCGAAAUGUAUAAGGACCAACCAUCUGUUAGGGAUACGACUGAUGGGAAGAUGAAGGUGUUGAAAGAUGAAGACGAGAAGGGGGAGAAAGAGAAUGAAUCUGGUUCGGAGUCAGAAGAGGAUAAUUGA